AUGUCAAAUUGGAAUUUUUUUAAUGAUUACCUAAAUUGGUUUAAUGGGACCACCGAAUCUACAACAUUUCAUAAUAGAAGUAGUAAAAAGGGUUCUAACAAAAGUGUAUCAACAAAUUCUACUUCUAUAAACACUAAUAAAAAUAAUAUUAAUGAGCUUAGUAACAGUCAACCUAAUAAUAGUGGACAAACUUGUGAUGAAAUGAAGGCCUCUAAUGAUGGCUUUGAAAAAGAUGUAAGUAAAAUAAAGUGUGCCAAGAAAUACAAUCCAUUUAUUAAUAUAAAAGAAAAAUAUUAUAAAGAAUAUAAUAAUAUGAAUACUAAAAAGGAGAAUAAUAAAAGUGAAAAAAAAUGUGGAAUUCAAAUUGAAGGUCAAAAUGGAAAUCCAAGUGAAAAUCCAAGUGAAAAUCCAAGUGAAAGUCAAAAUGAAAAUCCAAUUCCAUGUCAAAUUAAAAAAUGUGAUAAAGAGAAUGAUCAGAAUAUACCCAAAAGUGGUAAUAAAAAUAAAGAUACAAAUUUUUUUAACCAACUAGGGUUAUCAAACUGGUUACCUAAUUAUGAUAUGCCAAUUUAUAACGAAUAUAAAAAAGGUUAUUAUUUAGAUAAAGAAGCAAAAGAGGUUUUAUCCAAAAAGGGUUCUAAAAAAAGUAAUGUUAUAAAAAUAGGAGGUGAUAGUAGUAAUAGUAAUAUGAACGAUUUUAACGUAUCCGAUUGUGGUAAUAAUACAUGUGUUGAUACAACAUAUUACGAUGCAUUAAAUAUAAAACCGACAGCAAAAUUAAGUGAAAUAAAAACAAGUUAUUAUAAGUUAGCAUUAAAAUAUCACCCAGAUAAAAAUGCGAAUGAUCCAGAAGCAAAAUUAAAAUUUCAAAAAAUAAAUGAAGCUUAUCAAGUUUUGAGUGAUGAUGAAAGAAGAAGACAAUAUAAUAAAUAUGGAUUAAAUGCAACAAAGGACAUGAUAUUAAUUGAUCCAUCCAUAUUCUUUAUGAUGUUAUUUAGUUCGGAAGAAUUAAGUGAUUAUACUGGUACCUUGAGAAUAGCUUUUUUUGUUCAGCUAGCUUUUGAAGGUAAUAUGUCCAUCGAAGAUAAAAAAUCAUCUAAUCAGGUUAUGAUAAAUGAGAUGGAAGUAGAACAAAAAAUAAGAGAAGUGGAAUUGGCUUUACUAUUAAGAAAAAGAUUACAACCAUAUGUAGAUGGAGAUGUGGAAUGGGAGGAACAAAUGGAAACCGAAAUAAAAGGAUUACUUGAAUCUUCAUUUUCGAGUUCUAUAUUAGAAUCUAUAGGAUGGACAUAUGAAAAUGUCGCAACAUCUUAUAUAGCUGAAGUAACUACCUUAUGGGGUGUCGGAGCAACGGUAGCUAAUAUUCAGGCUGCUGGAAGGACCAUUGGAAAUACCUUCAGUGCAGCUAAGUCUAUGUUUAAUACUGUAGUGACUAUAAAAGAUUUUUCGUUGAAUAGUGAAAAAAUUAAUUCUAUAAAAGAAAAGAAAGAUAAUUUAAAAACAUCAUCGAAUAAUUCUCUGAAUAAUCAUUCUUCUUCCAAUAAAGGAUCCAGUGAACAAAAUGGAACAAAUGAAAAUUUAAAGUGUGAUAAUAAUCAAGUGAACCAUAAGAAUAAUGUAAACACUUCAGACAAUAUAAAUAAUGUGAAUACAUCUAAUACACACGAAAAUAAGGAAGAAGAAAAAAAAAACACAAUUAUUGAUAAAGAAGAAAAUAAAGCUCUAGGAGUUAUUAUAAAAAAUGUUCUCACCUUAGUUUUAUGGGAUAUCGAAUCGACAGUAAGACAAGCCACCGAGAAAGUUAUAAGAGAUGAAGAUGUGAACAUUGAAACACGAUUAAAACGUGCUGAAGGAAUGAAAUUUUUAGGAAAAUUAAUGCAAAAAUGGUCAAAAAUCAAAAACGAUAAAUGUGAUACAAACGAUAUCGAUGCUACCAAACUUUUAGAAAAAGCUAUUAUCAAAGCUUCUAAAAUGCCAAACGACGAAGAUCAAGGAGACCAAGAUAACAUCAAAAGAGAAUACCUAUAG